UAUAAUAUAAAAGUUAAAAAAGAGAUAUAAUAUAAAGAUUAAAAGAAAAAGCUAUAUAUUUUUUUUAUAACUGCACUACUACUAUUCUGAAUAAAAAUAUCAGCUCUCUGUUAUUUUCCCGCAUUACGUUUGGGGAUGGGUUAGGUUUUAAUAGCUAUCUUAGAUAAAGUGAAGGAUAGAGAAAGAUUUAAUUAUACAUUAUUUAAUAAUAUUAAAUUAAGACAUUUUCGUUAAAUUUUAUAAAUAAUACGUUACUAUGGCUGAUGAAUCGGAACAGGUUCCAGCAAUAAAUGUGAAAGAACCAUUGGAUUUAAUAAGAUUAAGUUUGGACGAACGAAUUUACGUGAAAAUGAGAAACGAAAGAGAAUUACGAGGACGUUUACAUGCUUAUGAUCAACACUUGAAUAUGGUAUUAGGUGAAGCGGAAGAAACUGUUACAACUGUAGAAAUUGAUGAAGAAACAUAUGAAGAAGUUUACCGUACUACAAAAAGAAAUAUAUCUAUGCUAUUUAUCCGUGGUGAUGGUGUCAUUUUAGUAUCUCCGCCUAGCAUGAGAGCACCCAUGUAAAAGAUACAUUAACUUUUUUAUUUGUAUUCAAGAAGAAGCAUAGGCAAGAUAAGAAAAAGGUUUUUUCUCUGACAAACUUUUUACCAGGUAACAUUCGUGUAACUUUCAUGUGCUAAAAUAGAUAUAAAAUAUGUAUGAAGCAUAUAAACUAUAUGCUUGCUGCAAUUGAAAUAUAAUAUUUCUUUUCAUAAA